AUGACGACCACCGCGCACCACCCGACGCCCGCACAUCAACUCUCCACACCCUCCGCCUCCACGUCCUCGAAGCCUGAAGACGUCAAUUUCCAAGGCCUCCCAAUCCCACGAGGUCCUGUCACCGCUGCGCUCUCCUUCUACAAAGCCCCCGAAGACGGCGCACCACCACACAACUACGUCGAACCACCACCCGGUGUGCCGCAGCGAAACUGGGGCGAUGACUGGCAAGAGGUCACACUGAACGACCUACGCGGGCAAGAAAACAAGUUCAGCCUCGACCACAACGCCUUCGAUACAUACCAGAAUGUCCCCAGCAACGAGCACGAGUUCACAGACGAUGCGCGCAUAAAAGAGGUGUAUUAUCCUGAAGUCGAGAAGCUCUUACUGGACAACGUUCAGGGCGCAAAGCGUGUCUUGCUCUUCGAUCACACCAUCCGCCGACCAACGGGUAAUCGUAACCCAGUGACUCGCGUACACAUCGAUCAAACGCCAUUCUCCGCCGCCGAGCGCGUGAAGCUGCAUGCUCCCGAAGAUGCUGAGACAUUGCUAAAGGGUCGCUACCGCAUCAUCAACGUAUGGCGCCCGCUCAAUGGACCAGUCAUGGGCUUCCCGCUCGCAGUCGCGGAUAGCCAGACUGUCCAAGACGAAGACUUGAUCCCGAUUGAGCACAGAUAUCCUAACAGGAACGGCCAGACGGCGGCUGUGGGGUAUAAUGCUGGACAGAGCUGGUACUACUGGUCUGGUAUGAAGAACGAGGACCGCUUGGCUGCUCAAGUGCCUUCGACAGUGACGAAAGUGUUGGCAAAUGGGGAAGAGUGCCGCACACUGCAUUCAGCGAUCCCAGGACACCGGAAGGCGCUGUUGGCCGCGAGAGUAUUGAGGUCAGGGCUUUGGUGUUUGGUUAGAUUCCUCGCUCGUAAAGAUGGUUUACGAUUUACGAAGCAUUUUUGUUUGAAUUCAGCCUAA